GCCGUGUGGUUCUGCGCAUGCGCUUCAAAACGAAACUACUGAAACAUGGCGGAGAGUGGAUCCGUUAUCAGAGUGAAGUUAGAUUUGCGGAGCGCGCAUCCGCGUCGCGGCCCGCACGAUUUGGUGUGGAGCAUCGUCGACAAAGCGGUGACGACGACGAUCAGCCAGUUCGAAAAGUUGAUACGCACCAAAUACGCCGUUCCCAGCGAAAGCGAGCUCUACCUCGACGACGCGUUGCUGCCUCCCGACGAGCCUAUACAGAUCUUGAGUGACAAGGACACCGUGAGAAUUGUCACAGCUGCCCAACAGCCAUCAAACUCCGAUUCCCAUGCUGACGAUGAUCCAGAAUCGUCACUAACAAUAGAUAAACCCAUCAAGACAGAAGUGAAGCGGGAACGCCCAGAAAUAGGUGAACCCAUUAACGAGGAGGUGAAGCGAGAAAGCCCAGAAAUAAAUGAACCCAUCAAGACGGAAGUGAAGCGAGAACGCCCAAAAAUAGGUGAACCCAUUAAAACAGAGGUGAAGCAAGAACCACCAGAGAGCCACGACACACCUGUAGUUGAAGCUGAUGAGGUGUCGGGCUCAGCUGGGCCUGGCCACUCCAAUUCCUUUGAGUCAACAACUAAGCAGGAUGUGACACCAUGUUUUGCAGUUUCCCAAGUGAAAAGUACACCCAUAUUCUACAUCGUGUCAACUAGUACAACCCCGCAGAAUCAGAGCCCGGCAAGCACGCCAGGAUGGCCCGUGUUCACGCCAGAUCCAGGACUGCGGAGCCCCGCCAUGAAAAAGCGCAGGCGACGACGCAAGAAGAAGCCGGCUGAAGAAUGCGUGCAAGUCGCCGAGUCACCGAGCUCGCCACAAGUGCCUCUGGUCUGCAUCCCCUCGCAUCUUGCUCAAGCAGUCUUGCCAACUGGAAAGCAGCGUUGGUUUGACGGUGACACGCCAGGCAGAGCCAAAGUGGCAGCUCUGCAGCAGAAUACACUACCCACACCUGCUAAACAACCGCCUUGCAUUGUUUAUUUGACUGCACCAACCAAGAGCACAGAGAAAGAAUGUCAGCUCCCACUCAAGAAUGGCCAGGAUUCACAGGCACCUGCUGCGGCUAGCUGCCAUAGUGCAGUCCAUGCCCCUCCAGAAGUUGUCACAGCGGAAGCCAAAAAAGUAUCGGCUAUUGUUAAGCCUCGAUUUACCGAAGACGAUUGGGCCCAAGAUUCCCAAGAUCUUUUUUAGUUAAAUCGAGAACGUUGUCAAAUUGAAAACAACUAAAACACACGUGCAAACGAUAUACUUAUUCAAAAAAUAAA